GUCUGCCUGCCCUACAGGCAGUCCCAUUCUACAGGCAGCCCAGUCAGGUAGGCCAGCCUCCACAGGUCCCUGGGAAUUGCAGACAAGAGCAGGGUAGGAGGAGAGCAGUUCCUGGAAGAUGCGUCCAGUUGCUACAGGCAUUGUCAAGGCACUAGUGUUUAUUUUCUCCUCCCUGUGCGCCUGGUAUUCUGGAUACCUGCUUGCGGAGCUCAUUCCUGAUGUGCCCUUGUCCAGCACUCUCUACAACAUCCGAAGCAUUGGAGAGAGACCUGUCCUCAAAGCUCCAGUCCCCAAAAGGCAAAAAUGUGACCACUGGACCCCAUGCCCUCCAGACACCUAUGCCUUCCGGCUGCUCAGCGGAGGUGGCCGAGACAAGUAUGCCAAGAUCUGCUUUGAGGACGAGCUACUACUAGGAGAGAAGGUCGGGAAUGUGGCAAGAGGAAUAAACAUCGCAGUUGUUAAUUAUGAGACUGGGAAGGUGAUAGCAACAAAGUACUUUGAUAUGUACGAAGGUGACAACUCUGGGCCAAUGGUCAAGUUCAUUCAGAGCACCCCUUUGAAAUCCCUGCUGUUCAUGGUGACGCACGAUGAUGGGAGCUCCAGACUGCAGGCCCAAGCGAAGGACGCCAUAGAAGCCCUUGGAAGCAAAGAAAUUAAGAAUAUGAAGUUCAGGUCAAGUUGGGUAUUUGUUGCAGGAAAGGGCUUUGAGCUCCCUUCAGAUAUUGAGAGAGAAAAGAUCAACCACUCAGAUCCAUCUAAGAACAGAUACUCAGGCUGGCCAGCAGAGAUACAGAUCGAAGGAUGCAUACCCAAAGGGCUGAGCUAGCAAUGUCUGGACUUCAAUAAAUGUGUUUUGUGCAUAUA